AUGUCUUGUAUUAGUGGAAAUCCAUCUCGUUACCAGAGCCGUGGAGUUAUUCGUAUGAACAGGAAUGACUCCAAACCAUUUGAGGAUCAACGUCUUGGAGUCCCAGGGUCUGGGACAGAGUCUGAGGCUGAUCAACACCUGAGGGGUAUGGUGAAGAAUCAGCUUGAAACCAAUGUUACUCUUGAAAGGUAAACAAUAAACCAAGGACUAUACUACAUGAUAUAAUCCAUAGUAUAAUGAUUGGCUUAGAAUUAUUACAAGGAAAAAGUGGUAAAUGAAAGUAUUAUAUCCAUGCGAGUGAGCUAGUCAUGUACAUUGUUAGACUGAAGACUGGGUGGUUUUUAUCAGCUGAGAGGCUGGGACAUCAUUUUCAUAUUCACACAAGGGGAUGCAUAGUGUAGAUGGUUUUCAUUGAGGUGUAGCCUGUUCCAGGCCUUUAGUUAAUGAGACAGAGUGAUAGUAAUUGGUAUGAUAGUAGUGUAUGGGAAAAAAAAAGAAAAAGAAAAUUGCUUUGGGUAUGUAACCUGUCCUUCUCCAUUUUACUAAUUGAACAUGUAGAGCAGGAUAAUGGAGGUGUUGGCAGUGUUACACAAAUUCAGCCCUCUGUCUUACUAUGGGAGAAAUGCCAUACUCAUCAUUUUGCCACUAUUUUUUCUCCAGUUAGAAAUUGGCUGCAGACUUUUGUCUAUGCAAGUUAAUUUUUUGUCAUAGAAAAAACAACAACCUCUGAGUGUCAUUAUAAGUUAAGCAAAUGUAAAGCAAUAUACCAACCACGACUAUUUGCAGUAUCCAUAGCCUAGACCAAACUAGUUUAGGCUCAGUUACUUAUGGAGAGGUGACAAUUGGUUUUAUGCAAAAUGUGAAAUGGAGUAUUGUUCUAAAUUGCAAUAAUAAUAUUCUUAUUAUUGUUUAUUUGAUUUUUUUUUUCAUUUUGUGUUAGUGAGUUGAACAGGAAAAGGUCAUUUCAAUCCUCUUCAUCCUACAAACCAUUUUGUCCUGAUAAAACUGGUGCAAUGAGUUUAAAAGAUUAUCAGUUGUUACAGAAUCAUGAACAGUAUGUCCAGACCCUUAAAGAGUGUGGCUUUAAUGAAGAAGAAAUUCAGUUCAAACUGGAGAGAGAAGGUUAUAUUACAAAGGUGAGCAGGUUAUAUUACAAAGGUGAGCUCUGUUUGCACAAGGAUAUUUGGGCCACUUAUACCCCACAGAGGUCACAGCCUGCAAGUCUAACUUACAAUUCAGUCACAAAGCUGAAGAGGAGGUAGAAAACAAACACACUCAAGAGAUAAAAAGUUGUUAAAAGCUUGCUUAAAUCAUUAACCCUUCAGCAACUAAGAGUGCCAAGCAUCAAAUUCCACCCCACAGUGUUACCUAUGAAUCAAACAUUAAGGUCAUUCAUGAGGAUAAAAUAGGUUUUCAGAAACGCUAGAAGCUAUUGAUUGUUUGAUGUAUUCGCCCUGUAAGUGCCAUAGGAAAUUUCUAAAGAACAGUAUGGAGAAGUUGCAUUUUUGUUGGUAGGGUGUAAAGAGUUAAGCCAGCUCAGAUAAACUUCUUGGGCAGGAAUUUUCUUUGGUUGACAAUUUUUUCAGUCCAUUUGCAAUGUCUUUGCUCAUUUUAAUACCCUGUUAAUUUAUUGCACAGGCUCCCAAAAUAGGUCGAUAUGGUGCCAAUCCUGUUGCUGAGCAAGAAAAGCUGCAUGAGCUGGAGAAAAGAAUCCAAAGGCGAGAGGAGGCCUUGUCCUCUCCAGAAUUAUUCUCCAACGUGCGAGUUCUGAGCAGGCAUGCUUUGGAAGUUGAACAGUCACUUCACAGGGGAACGGAGAAAGGGAGCAGUUUGAGCCAUCUGGUGCAACCAAGGAAACAAGGUGGGCUUGUCUGUUGUAACUGGAUGAAACAUGGGACUGUUGGAACUUUGUGAGGUGGAAAGUAAGGAAAAAUCUAAAAUUGCGAACAUUUUGGAAAUCUUUAAGCUGAAGUGUUUCAAAGGGCAGGAGACGGGAGUGAGAGGUGUAAGAGACGAGAGACUGGGUACGGGAAGGGAGCUAUUCUCACCUUCUAUGUCCCCUCCCCUCCCGUUCCACAACUCAACUACAUUUCGUAAAAACUAUCAUUGGUUAUUGUCACUCUGUGAUUCAUAUCCUUCCUUUCAGCCAUUCAUGUGAAUGAUCCACUCUUGCAAACUUUAAUGGAAGCGGAUCAGAUAUUGUCAAAAUCCAAACGAAAAUCACCGUCCUCCAACAGCCCAGAGCGAGCCAGUGAAUGUUUGGUAGAAGUCAGUGAUAAUUCCAGUCAAAGUUCAUUGGUCAAAAGAGGGUUGCUGGAAAACAACGACAGCGGUGAUACCCGCUUGCCUGAUAACAUUAAACCUAUUGAAGAGGAAGAAAUUCUUCAAAAUAGACUGUCGGUAGAGCAAAUAAAGGGGAUUCCAAAAUUUGCAAAUUUUCACCCAGGAGAACCAAACAAGGUAUCUGUAAGUUUAUCUGUAAGUUGUAUGAGUGGUUUUUACUUCUGGAAGUGCUCAAGUCUACAUUGAGUGUUCUGGAUAGAAUGUAUGUGCAACGUCGUUUAGUAGUAGGACGCACCUUGCACCAUAGUACGUGGUAGAUUUAGGCGAAGGGUGCGGGGGAUUCAAAACCCUUUAGCAGACUUGUGGGUCUUUUGCCGCUUGUCUGACACCCAAGUUCUUGCAACAACAGGAUGGCAUGAAACUGCUCAAUAUCAAGAACUCGUUAGCACUUGUCUGGCGAAAUUUCUUAGCAUAUGGUGUAAGAAAAAAAAAUUUUGGUGUUUUCUGACUUAAAUUUGAGAAAGUGGCUCGAGAUCUCUAAACCCAUAACACAGCGUAGUACAGCAGAGCCAACGCAGUUUUGGAUUACUUUCGACACUCAAGUAAAAAUUAUUUGUUAUUUUUUUCACUUUCUUAUUAGCAGCUAGCUACAGCCAGUUACAAACACUCUUGUAGCUUACCAGUAGUGUUGGUCGCCAUACAGGAGCCUGACCUGUCACGAAUUUGAUCUAAAAUACCCGACGGUUAUUUUGAUAUUUCGUAGGUCCUAUUCGUAAAGAAUUUGCAUCAUAAGACAACGGAAGCAGACUUGGUCUCUCUGUUUAUAAGAUUUCAGGACAAAGAGGGACCUAAAAUUACUUUCAGACUUAUGAAGGGAAAGAUGAUUGGACAAGCGUUUGUGACUAUGCCAGGUGAGGUUUGUUCAGAAGACGAAUUCUUCAAGGUUCGUGAUGCUUUUGCAUCAAUUCAACAUUCUUUAUUCCGCAGUUCAAUUUCUUAGGCUCUGUAUUCAAGACUUCUAUAGUGGUACAUAUGACAUCGAUGAUCUUUUUUCUAUGAAAACCUAAACCAGUUGUAAGGGGGACAAGUUUAUGAAGAAACUGUGGUGCUGCGUCAACUGAGUUGAUAAUGUAAAUCUGCCACCGUAAAGAGUUUUUUUAAGGCUGAAGUUUUUGUUGUUCUGCAGACUGUGGUUAUUUUUCUUUGAAAUCUACCUACGAUGCUUUGCACGAGACUGGGGGGACUCACUCUAAGUAUUUUUUUUUUUUUAACCAAUGAACAAUUUUAAUCCUCUCUUGGUUUUUUGGUUCGGUUGUAGACAUCGACACAGCGAAUAAAGCCUUGAAUCAGGUGAACGGCUUCAUGUUUAAGGGUAAACCAGUGAUUAUUCAGUAUGGCAAACAGAGGACAGAUUUGUCUAACAAGAACGCGCCUGGGCUGAGUUCGCCGGGAUCAAGCACAUAAUCACGG